UUAUUAAAUGUUUGUGGACUAUUUACAUAAGAACUGAUGAACUUGAAGGCUCACUUUAAGGCUUUCAUCUCCACGUCGUGCAAUUUCUUAUCUACAUUGACAUUUAAUUAACUUUGUUAAUCAGUAAUCGAAAUUAAUUCCAAUCGAGAUUAAUUAGACUUUUAUUUUAGCUCGAUGCUGACAUUUCUUAAAUUAGCUGUUAUUUAUUCGAACCGAAAUUUUGAACAUUUGCGGUGUAUUUUUACUGAAUGAAACUACACGUAAUCGAAAUAAAUUCAACCUGACAGCCUUGCAAAUGUGUUUUGUGAGCAGUUGGCCUUGAAAAUCUGCACUGUUCGCUAAAGACCCGUUGAAUUUGUAACAGAGAGAUACACUUUUUUCUGUCCAACGCGUCGAGUUGAUAGCGUCAUCUCAUCGCCAAGUUGCUGGCUUCACUACAACAGAAACGACUUACUUUUCAGGUAUUGAUGCUGUUGUCAGUUUUGAGCACGGCUACUGCAGCCUGGACAGCAGAAUAUUUCACGAGUUCCGUCCCACUUCCUACUGAGAGAUUUAAAAUAUUGUUCUUGUUACCAACCGCUUUGAAGAGUCACGUAUGGGUCGCAGCGCCCCUGAUGGUUGACUUGGCUAGAAGAGGACACGAGGUGCACAUGUUCUGCGACUCUUCCUACCAUUUCAAAAUCCCUAACGUGACGUGCAUUAAUCAUGGCGUUAGACUUUCCGCGCCUGAAGAUGUCGACACGUUUGACAUCGUACGAAAUCCCCUUUCGCUUCUGAAAACUAUCACUGAUGCGGCAGCAAACGAUGCAGAGAAAAUGUUCAAUUCAGACAUUACCAUGAAAAUCUUCGAGCGUCGGGGAGAAUACGACUUGAUCGUGAUUGAUCACUUGGGCUUGUCGAUCUUCUACCCUUUCGCGCACGGCACGCCGUUCGCAAUUUUUUCGACUUCAGCUCUCCUGCCAUGUCAGAGCGCAAGCUUGGGGAACGUCCCAAAUCCAGCUUUCGUUUCAAGUGCUCUCAUGGAAUUCAAGCAACCUUAUGGAACUUUCGACCGGCUCAAGAACAUUGUACUGACUUUCGCUCAGUGCUACGUUUAUUGGGCGAUCCCUUCACAAACAGAAAAACUGAUGAGCGAACGCUUCCCAUCGCUUCCGUCACUGAAAGAAAUCGAACGGAAUGCGAGCCUGCAUCUCCUGACGACCAGCUUGGCGUUGGAUGGUCCGCUGGCCCUGCUACCUAAUCAGGUGCCCAUCGCCGGACUCGUGCUGAUGCCGCCACAACCUCUACCCAAGGACAUAUUAGACUUCAUGUCUGGAAACACGUCGGUUAUAUACAUCGGUCUUGGUGUAUCGUACAUACGCAACGAUUCAAUUCCUCGAGACAAAAAAGAUAUUCUACUCUCAGUCUCCAAGAAGCUUCCAUACAAAGUCAUAAUGAAUGUGCACGGACAAGCAAGUAGUAGGAGCGGCAAUGUCCUCCUUACAGGCAAUGCUCGUCAACAGGAUAUUUUAGCGCAUCCAAACGUGAAGCUGUUCAUUAGCCACUGCGGUCUAGCAGGCGUCUACGAAACUGUUUACCACGGCGUGCCUGUGAUCGCCCUCCCCGCGGCUCCCGAGCACGGAGCCAUGGCGGGGAAAUUAGUGCUGGCUGGUGCAGCCAUCCAGCUGUCCUGGCUCACCCUAACUGAGGAGAUCUUACGUGACGCCGUUAUGGAAAUCAUGACCAAUCCAAGCUUCGGGGAGAAGAUGGCCUUCGUAUCCCGGGUGUUCCGGGACCAGGAAGAAACAGCGCUUGACCGCGCAGUGUUUUGGACCGAGUAUGCGGCUCGCUUCCAGGGAGCGCCGCACCUCAAGUCCCCAGCGCGACACCUCUCCUGGAUAGAGGUCCUCAGCCUUGAUUUUAUUCUGCUAGCACUUGUUCUAUGUUACUGUGCAUUUAAUGUGUUCAUCAAAACUAUCCGAGUGUUGAAAGCCAAAUGUUUGAGAAAUAAAAAUGAAAAGGAAAAAGUUACUUAAACUUAAUUGUGUGAUGUAGCUUGAUUGUAACGCUUAUACUCUUUCGGUAAUUAUGUACUAUGAGACUAUAUGCCAUUGAAUAAAGUUAUUGUAGUAUUGGAACGACGAUGUCCCAGUGGACGAUGGAACGACGAUGUGCCAGUCAGGGUUGCCCAGUGGUUACAGUUCAGAGUACCAAGAUUGGAGCAGAGAGGCGCG